AUGCACACUCAAUCCAACAUCCACCCCAAGAGAUCGCUCUCCCAAACAUCAGCUACCUCAACCUCCUCCUCCUCUCACACUAGCCAGUUCUCUCAAGAGAAGAAGCGCUCCAGAUUGUCAAAGCCUAUCUCCAAUCUCUUCCGGUCCAAGUCCCCUGCAUCGAUUGAUAUCCCCAAGAGUCACCAAGACAAAAUGUCACAGCCUCGAGAUAUCCCACAGAGAAAUCACGAAGCUUCAUACUUCCCGGACCAAGACUACACCUCAACCAGCCCCACCGAGAUGUCUGCCAGCAUAGGUUCGCCAAAGGUGGACAGCCCUAAGCGCGCAUCUACCCCCACCCGCAAGAACAGCGGUGACUACAAACGCUACAGUGGAACUGUCAACCACUACGGUCGUCACUCCAACGACUGGCUAUUCGGUGGCUUCAGUGUUCGCGAUACUGUCCGUGAUAGCCUCGACAAGCUCCGCAACCAGGAUAAGGAGAGCUGA